GUUGGGAAAAAAGUUGGGAGUGUUUUUUCCCCCUCUUUUUAGUCUGGAACGGCUUUUCUCGGCUCAGUGCGAAAAGUAACACAGCCGAGCUUGCUGGUAUCUGACCACUGGUGAGGCAAGGCAAGGCGAGGCGAGGCAAGCGAGCGAGCCAACGCUGGAAAAGGAGGCAGAAACAGGAAGAUCAUGAGUGGGUAGGAGUGGUAGGUGGAGUGAGGAGGAAGCACAUGUGAGAGAGGGAGAGGGAGAGAGAGAGGGAGAGGGAGAGGGAGAGAGAGAGGGAGAGAGAGAGAGGGAGAGUCAGUGAAAGAGAAAGACAGAGAAAGAAUCACACACAGAGAGAAAGGACAUUCACAGAGAGAGAGGCCAUUCACAGAGAGUUUGGGAAAAGGAGGGGGAAAAGGAGGGAAAACCAUGACACACAGAAAACAACCAGAAGCCUUACAGAGAUAGAAGCGGGACGAAAGACAGCAGCUUGCUGGAGCUGAAGGGAGGAAAGAGGAGGCCUGGGUCGGAGGAGGAGGUUGGAGGAGGUGGAGGUGGAGGAGCAGCGAGAUGAAAAGCGUGAGCAUGGGAGUGAAAUGCAGGGCAGCGGUGGCUAUCGUCUUCAUCCUGCUCCUGCUAGGGACCCUCUGGAUAUACGGAAAGUUGGAAAACCGAUUGGAUGCCUGUCCGAAGUUCCACAACCCGAAAGAUAAAAUGGUGUUCAACAGGAAUGUGAGCGACCCGGAGAGUACGGAGUGGCUGGAGCUGUGCCCUGGCCAGACCUUCCAGGUGGCGCUCCUCUUCUCUCACCUGCAGUCGGCACCCCUGGGCCCGGGGGACGUGCUCAUGGAGCCCUAUCUCUCCAGCUGGGACGAGCUCAUCAAGUUCAUGACUGCCCUGGGCCCGCUGGUGGGUGCAGUGACUGCAGAAAUCGAGACCAAGACGUCCAUCAUCCGGCAGUUGGCCAAGGAGGAGGAGGAGAGGAUGAGGACGGAGGGCGGGAGCGGCAUGGGAGGAGGAGGAGGAGGAGUGGGUAUGCCAGGAGUCGGCGGGAUACUCGGAGAGGCCAAGUCUGACAACGACCUCGGCGUGCACUUACCCUCCGCACCCACAGGGGGCUCCACCUCCCUGGGCGCCUACGACUCUGUAGAGUCCAUGAUUGCGGCGGAGCUGAGCCGGGGCCAGGUGGACUACCACACGUUCACGAACUCUGGCUGCCGCACGCUGCUGCGGCUCCACCGCGCCCUGCUGUGGCUGCAGCAGUUCCUCAGCAAGCUGAGCGAGGGGCCCGACCCGCACACGGGCGCCAUGCGCAGCCCCUCGGACCUGUGCGCCGACGCCUACAAGCACACGCUGGCCAACCACCACCAGUGGUGGGUGCGGCGCAUGGCCGAGCUGGCCUUCCUGAGCAUGCCGGACAGGACGUUCUUCUACCGGCUCAUCUGCGUGCAGGACCAGGAGGAGGCCACGGUGAUACUGCGCAAAGUGGUCAACGCCAUCGACGUGGUGUACAACCGCACUGAGAAAGCUCUGGCGCAGCACGGCAUGCUGGACUUACCGUGAUGGUACUACUACUGUAUGGAGAUGGAUGGAGGUCAAAAGAGUUUAAUUCACUGUUAAAAAAAAAACCCUCAAAGAACUUUUCGUUGGGGGUCACCUUGUGGUAGAGGCAGCGUGCUAAAGCUACUGACCACAUGCGUACUAUGGCUAUAUGCCAUUGCACAUGGGGACCCUGGUUCAAAUCUGGCCUGGGUCAUUUCCCAACCCUGGCCCUCCUCUCUCUUCCAGGUGUUUCCUGUCUGAUGUUCACUAUCCUAUCAAAUCAAAGCUCCAAAUAGCCUCCCAAAAGAACCUUCAGUUGCAAUGUGGUGUAAUCUAAACGUUCCUUGAGGAACUUGAACAUUCUGGCAGGAUCCUCAAAGUUCCUCAGAGAACCUAUGACUAUAUGGACAGACAGAAGGCGUUGAAAGAGCUGAAAUGCUGCAGAGUCCCGCCUGGAAAGCACAGAUCAGGGGCAAUGAACGCAGCAAACGAUUCAACCAGAAGCAUUCAAUCAGGGAGAGCAACCAACGGAAGCGUGUGUUGUGAAAAAUGUAAGCAUUCCAUUGGCUGCCACCUGCUGCCACUGAGUUCAUUACUUGUAACCAGGGGCGUAGCAGCCAAUUGUGGGCCCUAUGUACAAUCAGUUCCAAUAGAUCCCCAGCCAUAUAUCCACAAAAAUCAGACAUGUGGGCCCCCUAUAUACAGCACAUGGGGCCCUGGUAACUCAGUCACACUUUACCCCCCUGCAGUACAUGUUGACGUUCAAAGAAACACUUUUCAUACCAUUAAUCUGACAUUCCAUUUAUUCUGUCAAUUGCCCACUUUUAAGACCGUAUCAGUCUUAGAAAAGAGGCCCACUAGUCUGGCGUCCCAUUAGUCUGACCAUGUGCGUUAAAACUAUGCCCAAGUUCACUGAAAAGUGAAAACUAUGUCCAAACCAAAACAACUCCUAACCCUAACCGUCAGUAAAGGCAUGUUUUUGCGCAUGUAUUUUUUGUCUGAAAAGAUGUGCCCACAAUCUUCACAGACAUGUAUGGACAAGAAGAACUUUUGAGACUUUUGGUCAAAAGGUCAAUGUGACUUUUGCUGUUGUUGCCUUUUUGUUGGUGUCAUGACCCCCCCUGUCCUGUCCCAUGACCUGGUCAGCAGGGUCAUUCAGACAUCACACUGCCUUUUACCCACAGACACAUGGCCAUGGGCCACAUGGAGAAUUUCACAAGAUGGCCAACAGGAAACACAUGUGUGUGGUGCUAACUUAACUUGACAUGCAUUUCAGGAAAGGGUUCGAAUUAUUCCACUUCAAUUCAAGGUUUACAUUUUUUUAAUCGAGAGGAGUGACAACGGUAAAAUUAAGGUUUCUUUCAAACAAGGAAAAGUACCAAAACCUUUGUUUGAGAGACCAUUUAUUUAAAAUAUAUAAAUAAAGUUAAUAAUGGAAAACUAAUACUUUGAGGCCCUCCUGGAAUUCAUAGACUUUUUUAUUUGUGUAUUGAAUGUUAUGGGCCAAAACCUGAGAGAUGAAGUCGGUUAUUUAUUGACCCCUAGUGGGCAGUUGUACAACAUGACCUUUUUGGGCCAGAUGGGCUCCCAUAACCCAUAACAUGACAUGUCAUUCUGACCGUGAACAUUGUGCCACAUGUUGACAAAGGAACACUAAGCUUGUUUUUGAGCCAUAGUAUGUUUCCAACAUGUAUUCAGUGGUUGUUGAAGUUGUAAGAAGGUGAGAGAUGUUAUGGUCCAUAACUGCAUCCAUGACCUUUUUGGGCCAUAUGGGCCAUCGUAACACAUGUAAUUCUGACCAAGAAUGUUUAAAGAACACUACAGGUCUUGAGCCAUAAAAUAAUGUUUCCAAAAUGUUUUCAGCUGUAAGAAGGUGAGAGGUACCAUGAAGUUCCCUAUCAUUGAUAAAUCCACUUCUUCCACCAGGGUGACCAAAGAGGAAAACUACUGAAUAUUGCUUAAAGGCCCUUUCCUUCAUUUUGAAUCUAUGGAGAGGGGCAAAAUGCUGCUACAAUCUAAAGCUAAGGCCUUAACAAAAAAGCUAAAUAAUAAAAUCUAUUAAUUUUUAAAGAAGAAGCCUGUUUUUUGUUUGCUGCUUACUUGUCAUUCAUUAGUGUAAUGUCAGAUAUUGUGAAUGCUACUUUAUGUGUCCUGUUUUUUCUUGAAUGUUUUGUGUUUUGUUGAAUUAUUUCACUUUAGUGUAAAACUUGACCCAAGUCAACGGUUCAUGUUUGAACUUAAUAUUGUCAACAUAUCAUUGCUUGCAUAUCUGGUCAACAUGAUGUCAUCUUUCUCGUAGCCAGUCUAAACUUAGACACCCCUACAAAGGCAAGCA